AUGGUCUGGCUCUGGUCAUCGAACCAUGAAGGUCGACUCGCGGUGGUCGAUUGUCACUUUUGUGCGACCAAGCUCGACCUCGUCAAUGCCAACUAUGGUGAUGCUCGUGGCAACGGCAAGGGCAAAGCAGUGGCCUAUGAUCGACCUGUAGCUGUGGGAACGCGAAGGGACUGGAUUUGUGGCUAUUGCGCGUGUCGGAAUCAUUUCGAUCAGGUCGGUUUCGGCGAGGACCGUCAGUCAGCUCGGCUCACCCCACUGACUUGAUGACCCCAAACACUAGAACGGCGUCAUCAUCUCGGACGAACCAGCUCAUCAUGAUGCUCAACUCAACCUCGAAUCCUUCUCCCGUAGAGGUGAGUUCUCGCGCCCCGGACCCGAUUUAGUUGUCGAGACCCCUUUCGCUCAUGCCUCCCCCAUUUGUACACCGCAGCGACGCCCACCAAAUCCCGCAUCACCUCGUCCACACCCGAGAAACAGUCCCCAUUCUGUCGAAGCUGUCUCUCGAACCAAUCGUUGCAGAUCCAUCUCCUCGCCUCGUACGACCUUGACUCGGAUCAUCCAGUGGCUUCUACGUCCUCGACACCGACUUCGGUGUCGAACUAUCGUCAAUCCUUGGAUCGACGAUACCCCAUCGUUUGUUCGACGUGUCUUCCCUCCGUCGAAUCCAUCAUCAAGCAGCGCGACUAUCGGACGAAAACUUCCCUCUUUGGAAGUCGACUUCGAGAAUCUCAACGGGCUGCCUUCAAGACGGCUAACAAACCGACCAAAGGAUUGUCGUUCUCUACAAUACUCCUGUGGAGGUUACGAGGAGUGCUUUGGUACUCGACAUGGAUCACUUCGAUGCUCGCAAACGCCUGGGCACUAUGGGAUUCAACAGUGUCGAACAAGCCAUGUCCCCUCCCCGUCGUUCUCCUCCUCGCUUCCAGUCUCCUCUGGAUCAACUGGGAUCGAACAUGGCUUCAAUUGCAUCGUUCUAAGGUACUCAAACGACGUCGAAUACGAAUUCAAGGUCGAAAGCUAUACAUCUCCCUCCAAAUGCUCGCCUACACACAUCGCCUUGCAUUCGCCCUUUGGCGUCACCUGAAGCCCUCGUCGAUCGUUCCUCCACUGUAUGCCAUCAGUCUGGCCCUCCAAGUGGUCUUCUUCAUUCUCUCCUUCUACGCGAUCCGCCUCGUCCCACGCGCCCAAGUCCGUAUAGGCCCUUCGAGGCCCGUCAUCCUCCCCACUUCCCCAGCAGCGACUCUCACUCCAGAUCCUCUCGAACCGAUCGAAAGUCUCUCCAUUUCUUCGGACGUACCUGCACUCUUCCCCAUUCACCCCAACUCUACCGACUCUCCGCCGAACGCCAAGCCAGGUUCAAAACUCUCCCUCCUCUCCACCACGCUCCUACGCCACCGUCUCCAACCCGAACCCAAGUUCGGUCAACCCUGGAUCCAAGCCUCCCCCGCCUCUCUCUACCAACACCCAAACGACCAAGAUGGUGAUAUCGAGAUGUCGGAUGCUGAACCCGAUCCUGAAACCGUAACUGAUGCUGAUGCUGCGCGGCGGAAUGGGAAACGGGGUGGAGUGAUCGAGUUCGGGAAAUCGAAAGUGCGUUGGGGUUGGAACGAGCCUAGUUCGGGAUUGGAUGAGGUGUUCGAAGAAAGGAUGAGGGUCGAUGAUGAAACGUCUCUGGUGGGGGGAGAGAAGGAGCAAGGGGAUGCUAAGAGAGGAUGGAGGUGGUUGAGGUGGUUCGGGGGGUGA